CCCUGGACGUGGAGUCCUCUUGGGCUGUGGGAGUUCCGCGCCUGCUGAUCUGCCCGGGGUCCAGCCAAGGCAGGAUGUGGCUAGGCGUCCCGACACCCGUGGUAGAAGGGAAGAAAGAAGCAAUAGGGAUGCAAGGGGAGCCAAACACAAGUGCUUCCAUUAUUGACAGGACCAUCAAGAUGAGAAAAGAAACAGAGGCUAGGAAAGUGGUUUUAGCCUGGGGACUCCUAAAUGUAUCUAUGGCUGGAAUGAUAUACACUGAAAUGACUGGAAAAUUGAUUAGUUCAUAUUAUAAUGUGACAUACUGGCCUCUCUGGUAUAUUGAGCUUGCCCUUGCAUCUCUCUUCAGCCUAAAUGCCUUAUUUGAUUUUUGGAGAUAUUUCAAAUAUACUGUGGCACCAACAAGUCUGGUUGUUAGCCCUGGACAGCAAACACUUUUAGGGUUGAAAACAGCUGUUGUACAGACUACUCCUCCACAUGACCUGACAGCCACACAAAUCCCUCCCUCUCCACCUUCCCCUUCAAUUCAGGGUCAGAGUGUGUUGAGUUAUAGCCCAUCUCGUUCACCCAGUACCAGUCCCAAGUUCACUACCAGCUGUAUGACCGGAUACAGCCCUCAGCUGCAAGGUCUGUCCUCAGGUAGCGGUGGUUCUUAUAGCCCUGGAGUGACCUACUCGCCUGUCAGUGGUUAUAAUAAGUUGGCGAGCUUUAGUCCCUCUCCUCCAUACCCUACCACUGUUGGACCAGUAGAGAGCAGUGGAUUGAGGUCUCGCUACCGUUCUUCUCCCACUGUCUAUAACUCACCUACUGACAAAGAAGACUACAUGACAGACCUACGGACUUUGGACACUUUUCUUAGGGGUGAAGAAGAGAAACAGCAUAGGGUUAAGUUGGGGAGCCCAGAUUCUACCUCUCCUUCCAGCAGUCCUACUUUUUGGAACUACAGUCGUUCUAUGGGGGAUUAUGCACAAACUCUAAAGAAGUUUCAGUAUCAGCUUGCCUGUAGGUCUCAGGCCCCAUGUGCUAACAAAGAUGAAGCCGAUCUCAGUUCUAAACAAGCUGCAGAAGAGGUUUGGGCAAGAGUGACUAUGAACAGACAACUUCUUGAUCAUAUGGAUUCAUGGACAGCUAAGUUUAGAAAUUGGAUCAAUGAGACAAUAUUAGUGCCACUUGUGCAAGAGAUUGAGUCUGUCAGCACACAGAUGAGACGAAUGGGCUGUCCAGAGCUACAAAUAGGAGAGGCUAGUAUUACUAGCUUGAAACAAGCUGCCCUGGUCAAAGCCCCUCUCAUUCCGACUCUGAAUACAAUCGUGCAGUAUCUAGACCUUACACCAAAUCAGGAAUACUUGUUUGAAAGGAUCAAAGAACUUUCUCAAGGAGGUUGUAUGAGCUCAUUUCGAUGGAACAGAGGUGGAGACUUCAAAGGACGAAAGUGGGACACAGACCUGCCCACUGAUUCUGCUAUCAUCAUGCAUGUAUUUUGCACCUACCUUGAUUCCAGAUUACCUCCACAUCCUAAGUACCCCGACGGAAAAACAUUUACUUCUCAGCACUUUGUUCAGACACCAAAUAAACCAGAUAUUACAAAUGAGAAUGUUUUUUGCAUUUAUCAGAGUGCUAUCAACCCUCCCCAUUAUGAGCUGAUAUACCAGCGUCAUGUCUACAAUCUUCCAAAGGGCAGGAAUAAUAUGUUUCAUACAUUGUUAAUGUUUCUCUACAUCAUAAAGACCAAAGAGUCAGGAAUGCUUGGGAGAGUUAAUCUUGGUCUAUCUGGUGUGAAUAUUUUGUGGAUUUUUGGCGAGUAGUGGGUUAUUUAAUUCCAAACAUUUGGACUUCUAUUUCACUGAACCAGAAGUUAUUGAAUCUAACCAUCUCUGAGUCACUGCCUCUUCUUAUUUCUAUGAAAUAAGAUACACAUAUGUAUAUGUUACAAACUCUUUAGAUUUAACAAAAAAUUAGCUAUUAUGAAACUUCCUUGUGAAAAUGUCCUGUAGCUUCUACACCAAGAGAUAUUAUCUUCAAUUUUACAUCACAUUUUAGAAAUUUCAGUUGACUUCAGGUUUUUAUUGACCCAAAUCAGUGCCAUUCCUCCUUAAUUAAAUGUGUGUCCUUUUUCAUUGUAACCCUCAAAGAAGAGUCAUCCACCUGACUCUUCCACCAUGAAAAAAUGUUUUUCAGUCAUGUUAUUUAGUAGUGUAAGUACUUAAAAACAAAAUCACUAAUUUGGUUUUUUUAUCUAUUUCCCCAGUGUUCUGCAAGUCAGCCCAAAGUCCAUAUUUAAAGAAAUUUUAUUAACUCCUAAGUAAUGUUUUAAGUUCCUGUAUGUUUUAAAAUGUUACUAAAAGAAGUUUGACAGUGUUAGCAUUUAAGAAGUCAACUCUUGGAUUAAAUUUAGCUGGUAGAAUUCAUCUGUUUGGGUUUUAAGAGUCUGAGGAUGUCAAGAGAACAGUUUACUGUUUCAGUUUUAGCAACUCAGUUUCUACUAUUCCAUAAUAUUGUGUUAUUUUUAGUGUUCCCUUUAAGAUCAUAGUGAUAUCCUAUGUUUAAAUUUUUUAGAUAUGCUCACAAUAUCUGGAAAGUGAGAAGUUAACAAAUUUGUAAGUUUUGCUUGAUUCUCCGUCUUUAUUUUGUAUACGUAUGCGUAGUAGCCAGCAAUUGCAUAUGUUUUCUUGAUCGACAUACUAGAGACUGCUUUUGUCGCCUCGCACAAACCUGGGAACAGCUAAAACCAGUAUCUUUUGAAAAAUUGCAUGUCAGUGUUAUAUAUGCAUCCCAUUUUGUAUGAUUUAUAAAUUCUGCUUUUCAAAAAGUUGUUCCUGUUUUUAAAAGUUGAUGUCCAAAGGAAAGGAACUUCCCCUCUUUUAACUGCUUUUGGUAUAUGCUAAAUAUAUUUGCUAUGAUACUUUGGGAAGAAAAUAUCAAACAUGUUAAACAUUAGAACAUGUCAAAAUUUAAAUCUGUUAUUUCAAAAGUUAUUGAAGAUGUCAUGGAAUAACAAUUGCUAUACUGUUAAACUGUACAAUUGCAUAUACUUUAUUAAAAGCAUUAUGGAGAAAAAUUUUAACAAU